AUGCCUCGUAUCUGGUUCAUCACAGGCUGCUCUUCCGGCUUCGGCCGUGAAUUGGCUAUUGCGGCUGCAAACAAAAAAGACACUGUGGUCGCUACUUCGCGUGAUCCCUCCAAACUGGCGGAUUUGGCGUCUCUGGGGAUCAUCGCGAAGAAGCUGAAUGUACAGGGAAGCGAUGCCGAGGUCAAAGCAGCCAUCGACGAUGUUCUGUCAACCGUCGGCCCAAUUGACAUCUUGGUGAACAGCGUUGGGUAUAUCCUGGAAGGAAGCAUCGAGGAAUGCAGCCACGAAGAAAUUAUCGACCAGUUUGAUGUCAAUGUCUUCUCACACAUGCGCGUUCUUCGAGCAGCCCUCCCCUCAAUGCGCUCUCGCAAAUCUGGCGUCGUUGCCAGUUUUGGUUCCAUCGGCGGCUGGAACGGAUUUCCUGUUACUGGAAUGUAUUGCGCCACCAAGGCUGCGGUCGCUCUCUACACAGAGUCUUUGAGGCAUGAAAUGGCACCAUUUAACAUCGAUGUGACUUGCAUUGAGCCAGGAUUUUUCCGUACCAACGUCCUCACCGAGGGCCACAAGGUCUCCGCGAAGAAUCACAUCGCCGAGCUGAAAGCCGGCACCCAAGCCACUCGUGAUGCCCUCACUGCCUACAGUCUCAACCAGCCUGGUGACCCCGUCAAGGGCGCGCAAGUCAUUUUUGAGGCUCUGACCAAGACAGGACGCUGCGAGGGACGGAGUCUCCCGGGCCGACUUGCUCUGGGUCGGGAUUCUUUGGCCGCUAUAGGAGGAAGUAUCGCCCGUGAGCAGGAGAUGCUGGAUGAUUGGAAGGAGAUUAUUGGCUCUACAGACUGCGAGGAUGUAAAAAAUUAG